AUGUGUCUGUGUCACCAUAUGUGUCUGUGUCAACGAUGUGUCUGUGUCAACUAUGUGUCUGGUCAACUGUGCUGUGUCAACGAUGUGUCUGUGUCAACUAUGUGUCUGUGUCAACCUGUGUCAACUAUGUCUGUGUCAACUAUAUGUGUCUGUGUCAACGAUGUGUUUGUGUCAACUACUGAGUCUGUGUCAACUAUGUGUCUGUGUCAACUAUGUGUUCAGUGUCAACUGGCGUUCCUGUGUCAACUAUGUGUCUGCAUCAACUAUGUGCUGUGUCAACUAUGUGUCUGUGUCAACUAUGUGUCUGUGUCAACUAUGUGUCUGUGUCAAAUGUGUCUGUGUCAACGAUGUGUCUGUGUCAACUUGUGUCUGUGUCAACUAUGUGUCUGUGUCAACUAUGUGUCUGUGUCAACUAUGUGUUUAUCAACUAUGUGUCUGUGUCAACUAUGUGUCUGCGUCAACUAUGUGUCUGUGUCAACCAUGUGUUCGCGUCAAUUGCGCGUGUCUGUGCUCAACUAUGUGUCUGUGUCAAUUAUGUGUCUGUGUGAGUCCUGCCGUUAUCACGGGAGUCCAGCUGAUGAUGUAGGAGGUCGCAUAGGGUACCGCAACCACGAGGCAUUUAUAAAGUUCGUUCUCGCUAACAGCAUCAGGUCUGAAUAUAUCUGUUGA